UGUCUAGGAAGUGAUGUGUUCUCCGGAGGACAAUUUCUAAUCACUCUGUGAAGGUUUCCUCGCCAUGAUAUUUGUGGGUUUCUGGCUAGGUACUUGAUAUGAUUAUCAAUGCAGAUGCUUAGCUGCAUUCGUUCGAUCUUGCUCCUUCCGGCUCCUUGCGCCUCUUCUCAACAAUACAUUACGACUGCGCCAGAGCAUGACAUUGGAGAGACAACCAUGUGAAGUUUCGACAUCCUCCACAGGCGGCAUGGCGGAAUAUUUGGUGAUGGAGAAUCUGCUUAAGCUGGGCCAGAUUGACCCGGAGCUCAGCGAGUUGCUGGCCGCAAACCCUUUGCCGACCCUCGACUAUUCAACUCUUGACGACUUUGCCAACGUGUAUGCGAAGAACAGCGAGCGCGCAAAACGCGCCCUCGGACCCACGCCGCCGGGUGUCAAAGUGACCGAGCUGCAAUAUUCUACACGUGAUGGCCACACCAAUCGAGCAAAGCUGUUCCAGCCAGAAGACAUGCCGGAGAAUGCUAGUCCCCUCAUCGUCAUGAUCCACGGGGGAGGGUUCUGCUUCGGCUCCCCGGAGGGAGAAGAGCAGACCUGUCGCAAUUUUGUGCUGGCCCUGGGCGCAACCUGCGUCGCCAUUGCCUAUCGCUUGGCGCCGACAUAUCCAUUUCCCUAUGCCGCCAACGACUGCUGGGAUGCUCUGAAGUGGUGUGCAGCAAGUGCGCAAUCCUGGAAUGCCGACACCUCUACCGGCUUUAUUGUCGGCGGAAGCAGUGCCGGGGCGAACUUAGCCGCUGUGCUUACCCAUCGGGCGAGAGACGAAGGACUGCUAUCUCCACUGACCGGACAAUACCUAGCUAUCCCAUUAUUAUGUCCUGAAGGCAAGAUGCCAGAAUGGCACAGGCCACUCUGGCUGGCCCGCGACCAGAACCGCAACGCACCAGUACUUCCAACAGCAGCUCUUAAUAUGUUCCUGGACGCCUACCAGCCCAACGUGGAUGACACCAUCAACUUCGCCAUCUUCAACCAUCCACGCGGCCACGGUGACCUCCCUCCCGCGUUCUUCCAGGUCGACGGACUGGAUCCGCUCCGGGACGAGGCAAUUAUAUACGAGCGCGUGUUGAGAGAAGAGUGCGGUGUAAAGACGAGGAUGGAUGUCUAUCCCGGCCUUCCCCAUGGGCAUUGGAGCUUCUUCCCCACGUUGAAGGCGAGUGCGAAGGCGCGCAUGGACCAGCUGGAAGGCAUGGGUUGGCUUCUCGGGAGGACGCCAGAUUUCUCCAGGGUCGUCUUUGGUCCGGUAGCUGCGACUGUAUAG